AUGCUUUCUGGGAGUCAAGCUCAAGCUAAAGUUCAGAGGUUAAGAGACCAGAUAGCUCAGAUGCAAGCGAGCACAGUUGAACAAAUUGCUGAGGUUCAAAGAAAAUAUGAAGAACUCCAACAACAACUUAUAGCGGAUCAAAGAAGAAGGAAGGAAGAGUUAGAUAUUGGUGAAAAAGGUUUUUGGUUCGGCCCGGCUUUUCUACAAGGAGCAUUGUCAGCUCAACAACAAUUCCAGGCGCAACCCACUGAUAUCAUCCUUUGUAGCUCUCAGAGAACAGGCACAGCCUUGUUAAAAUCCCUCACUUUCGCCACUAUUACAAGAACCUCAUACGAUGAUUCCACCACCACUUUGCUUUCCAUGGGGCAUCAUUAUGUUGUGCCUUUCAUGGAGUUUGAUCAUGCCCAGUUUUCCACUAAUCGACAUCUUGGAAUUCCUCUUUUAGCCACUCAUCUUCCUUAUUCUUUCUUACCCAAAUCUAUAAUUGAUUCUGGUUGUGUAAGUCCGUAUGGGCCUGACCAUAUUUUGGGGUACUGGAAAGCAAGUUUGGAACAUCCAGACAAGUUAAUGUUCUUGAAAUAUGAAGAAUUGGUUGAAGAUACUGUUUUGUAUCUUAAGAAAACAGCAGAGUUUAUGUGUUAUCCUUUCUCGUCAGAGGAACAACAACAAGGGGUGCCUGAAAACAUUGUAAAGAUGUGCAGUUUCGAGAAUUUAAGCGGCUUGGGAGUAAAUAAAACCGGGAAACAUCGUGAUGGGCAAGGAAAAUUGGGGAUGGAAAAUAACAUUUUCUUCCGGAAAGGGAAGCUUGGAGACUGGAAGAAUUAUUUGACCACUGAAAUGGCUCAACAUUUAGACCAACGAACAAUGCAAAAGUUGAGCGGUUCAGGUUUAAGUCUGUAA